AACUAGCUGUGCUGCUAGCUGUAACUAGCUUCGCUGCUAAGAAUAACUAGCUUCGCUGCUAGCUAGCCUCUGCUAUCAGAGUCUUUUUAUUUUAAUUCCGGUUCUGGUUUUAAUCUGGGUUUAACCGGUCCAGAACUUCUUAAACCUCCAGAAGAGUUUUCACUCCGUGUUGAUUUGUUUCUUUAGCCUCGGCGGCUAACGCGUGUUAAUGUUUGUUAGUUGUCACGGACACGGCCCCUCCUCCUCCCCCGUCGCCAUAGAAACCAUCAGAAAACACCUCGCGGCUGAAACAGAACCGAACUUUCUGGAACUCAGCAGGAUGUCCUCUCUCCCCGUGAAGCCCGGCCUUCGCCUCAGCGUCUCCGAGUGGAGCAACAACAACCAGCAGCUGUCCGCCGCCGCUCAGCACGAGCGACACGUGUCCUCYGUGACCCGACAGGAAGCCAGGUCGCUCCGCCACGAGACCAGCUGCCAGACGACGUGGGAUGAGAGCGACACGACCCGUAAGCUGGGCGAGCGGGUCUGGGACGUGUCCCGCUGGAGGGACGUGUUGGACAGCUGCGCUCAGAAGGUGGACGAGGAGAUGGAGGCGCUGACUCGAUCCAAAGAGCGGACCGAGCUGGACCUGGCCGGCACCGCCGUCCCCCUGGAGGUCAGCACCGAGUGCCUGACGCUGAGGGAGGGGCGGCGGGGGUCCGAGCUGGUGGAGGACCCGGUGGAGGAGGAGCUGAAGAAGGAGGCGGAGCUGAUUGGAGGAGCGCAGCGGCGCCUGCAGCGGCACGUGGAUCAGGCCUUCGAGCAGCUGUGCGUCCUGCAGGAGGUCCGGCACCAGCUGACAUCGGACCUCCAGAACAAGAUGGAAGCUCUGGACAUCGACUCGUCAUGCCUGRCGCUCACUCUGAAGUCUCCUCACAUCUCGCUGAAGCCCAACCCGACCCGGAUCCCCUCAGGGUACCGUCAGGACCAGCUGAGGUCUGUUUGGGGUCAGACCCGGUUUAACGUGGUGUUGUGGUCCGCUCAGGUCCUCCACCCCUCAGGAGUGGACCCAGUUCAGCCAGUCCAACKUGGCUCGAGCCCACGAGGUCCUGCAGGCGUCCCAGCAGCUCAGAGAGGACACGAGUCUGAGCAGAGCCCAGAUCCAGAACGAGCUGGAGAUCCAACGCGGAGCCACGGAGUUCGCGCUCCGCAAACGAAACCACCAGGAGGAGCAGGCCCGGGACCAGCUGCAGUGGCAGAUCCAAARGGUACCACACCAGAACCAGAACCUUCACCGUUUAUCUUUGAUGACUCCAACGCUGCGUCUCUGCAGACUGAAGACGAGAUGGCAGAGAUGGAGARCGACAUCCGGGGCCUGGAUGCAGACCUGCAGGCCAAGACGGCCUCCCUGAAGCUGGCCCACACCAGGCUGGAGACCAGGACCCGCAGGCCCGGCAUGGACCUGUGCAGGGACCAGGUGCAGUUCGGCCUCGUGGCUGAAGUCCAGCAGCUGGAGACCACCAUCCAGAACCUGCAGCAGAAACUGUCCCAGGCUCAAGCCUCCCUGCAGAGGAUGAAGCUCCACCACAGCCGGAUGCUGCAGGACCUCAACAGGAAGCUGGAGGCUCUGUCUCUGGAGCAGCGCAGCAUGAAGACCCGGACCCGCCUCGCACCCACCUCCAGAACCACCGAGGACAGCGCAGCGCCGCUGGUUCCGCUCACAAACUCCAGUGGGAGGAGCAACCUGCAGCUGCUGGCUCAGUGAGGACCUGWUGGACUCUGAGCAUCGUUUGGAUUUAUUAUUUUUUUUUUUUCUGCUCUGGCAUCAGAAAAUGUUUUAAUAAGUAAAGUUUUAUGUUUUACCUGCUUCUCCUCAGGAGACAGGAAGUCUACCUGAACAGGUAGUUUAAACUCUUCAGACUAAAGGUCAAACAGCUGAUUUACUUCCUGUUUGCUUUUAUUAAAACAUCCUCCUGUUUUAAAAACACA